UAACACAGAAUCAUUAUGACUUUCUCCUUCCUCACUUUCAAAAUUCUCUUGUGUCUUCCUUGAUAGUAAAGAAUCAAGAAACAACAAAGGGAAGGAAAAAAAACACAUAUCCAUGGCUGCUCUUGUGUAUUCCUCUCGAGAGUAAAAGAAAAAAGAAAAAAAGAGAGGGAGAAAACCAUAUUCAUGGCAGCUCCAAGAUCAAGAAGAUGCUUUCUUUCUCUGUUAACCCUUUUUUCAAUCUCUCUUAUUCUGUUUUCUUUUUCACUUUUUGUCUACACAAAGCCCUCUAACAAGCCUUUCAUAGAUUACAAAAACCAAUUUUCUGUCUCUUUAUCUUUUCUUGCUCCUCCUCUGUCUCUUCCCGAACAAAACAACUCAACAAACAAUACUCUUGAUUCAGUCUCUAGUCCUCCUCCUAUGUCUCUUCUCAGACAAAACAACACAGCAAGCACUACUCUUGCUCCAAUCUGUCCUCCUCAUCCUCUUCCUCUCAGACAAAGCAACACAACAAACUCCACACUUGCUUCAGUCUCUUUUACUUCUUCUGUCUCUGAUCAAGAUAACCAAGAGAAGUCUUCAAGUCCUACAAGUAAAACAACUUUUAUCAGGAAGAGAAGUAGGUUGAAUAAACUAGAAGCAGAUUUAGCGAAAGCAAGAGCAGCAAUUAAGAGGGCAGCCUCUACGCAAAACUAUAGCAGCUCUCUCUACAAGAACCCAGCCGCCUUUCACCAGAGUCACACGGAAAUGAUGAAUCGUUUUAAGGUGUGGACAUACACCGAGGGAGAGGCCCCACUGUUCCAUGACGGCCCUGUUAAUGACAUUUACGGUAUAGAAGGACAAUUCAUGGACGAAAUGUGCGUGGAGGGCCCUAUGAGGAGCCAUUUUCGGGCAGAUCACCCUGAUGAUGCUCACGUUUAUUUCGUUCCAUUUAGCGUCGCCAAGGUCAUCCACUUUGUUUACAAGCCCAUAACCUCUGUCGAAGGGUUUUCGAGGGCUCGCCUACACCGCCUUAUAGAGGAUUAUGUUGAUGUUGUUGCUACUAAGUAUCCUUUCUGGAACAGAAGCCGUGGAGGUGACCAUUUCAUGGUAUCAUGCCAUGACUGGGAGUCACACGGAAAUGAUGAAUCGUUUUAAGGUGUGGACAUACACCGAGGGAGAGGCCCCACUGUUCCAUGACGGCCCUGUUAAUGACAUUUACGGUAUAGAAGGACAAUUCAUGGACGAAAUGUGCGUGGAGGGCCCUAUGAGGAGCCAUUUUCGGGCAGAUCACCCUGAUGAUGCUCACGUUUAUUUCGUUCCAUUUAGCGUCGCCAAGGUCAUCCACUUUGUUUACAAGCCCAUAACCUCUGUCGAAGGGUUUUCGAGGGCUCGCCUACACCGCCUUAUAGAGGAUUAUGUUGAUGUUGUUGCUACUAAGUAUCCUUUCUGGAACAGAAGCCGUGGAGGUGACCAUUUCAUGGUAUCAUGCCAUGACUGGGCACCCGACGUGAUCGAUGGGAACCCAAAGUUGUUCGUAAGAUUCAUAAGGGGACUUUGCAAUGCUAACACCUCGGAAGGAUUCAGGCCGAACGUAGAUGUAUCCAUUCCGGAGAUCUAUCUUCCUAAAGGUAAACUGGGUCCAUCUUUCCUCGGAAAAUCACCGAGAGUUCGAUCUAUACUAGCAUUUUUCGCGGGAAGAACACACGGUGACAUCCGAAAAAUCUUAUUUAAACAUUGGAAAGAAAAGGACAGUCAAGUACAAGUGUAUGAACGUCUUCCUCCGGGUAAAGAUUAUACAAAACUAAUGGGGAUGAGCAAGUUUUGUCUAUGCCCGAGUGGUUGGGAGGUCGCUAGCCCAAGGGAGGUCGAGGCUAUAUACGCUGGUUGUGUGCCUGUGAUCAUAUCGGAUAACUAUUCAUUACCAUUCAGUGAUGUGCUUAAUUGGGACUCCUUCUCCAUACAAAUCCCUGUUUCUAGGAUAAGUGAGAUCAAAACGAUUCUAGAGAGUGUCUCUCUUGUUAGAUACUUGAAGAUGUAUAAGAGAGUCUUAGAAGUCAAGCGGCAUUUCGUGUUGAACCGUCCUGCUCAGCCCUACGACGUGAUGCAUAUGAUGCUUCACUCUAUCUGGUUAAGAAGACUUAAUCUUAGGCUUAUUACAUAAAAAUAAGUUUUCUUUUGUUUUGUUAUAAAUACAAAUUAAAUGUCUAUUAUAUAAGCAAGUCUAUAUGGGUACUAGAUUUGUAUUCUUUCUUUAGAUAGACACAAUUCUCUCUUGUGCAUACAAAGCAAUGCAAUAAACAAAAGAUCAAAGAUUUUCAAAUUAAUAAGAGAAAAUUCACAAU